GUCUGUGGGCGAAAUAAUAAAGAUAUUACGCAAGCGUAAAAUUUUUAAGUGCUCGAGAAUGCGAUCAAGUACGAAUUGGAAUACUGAUACUACAAAUAGUUUGAAAUUUCACAAAAAUUUUCUUGGCAUUAUUGGACUCUGGGUACUAGAUGAGAAAAGUGUAUUCUCGAAAAUUCGAUGGUUUUUAUCAACGACAGUGGAAUUGAGUACAUUGAUUACCAUGUCACUAGAAUUGAUUCUACACUGUAAGGGUCCGGAGGACGCCAUGGAUGCCUUUUUAUUGUGCUCAUCGUCAUUAGUUAGCAUGGUAAAACUACUGUUGCAUCGGGUAUAUUGGAGACAAAAAUUCAUUUUGGUGGAAUCAAUCAUCCACGAUUGGACUUCCGUUAAAAAUUCUUAUUCUCGCGAUAUCAUGCUGAAGUAUGCACGCAUAGGUAAACUAGGGUCCUUGAUAUUCUUCUACUUCGGUUGUGCCUCAGUCAUGUCCAGGAUUCCCGCUAUCGUGUUUUCUAAUAUCAAUUUGCCCUGGAAUUCUGAAAAGCAGUAUUUCAAUGAUACAUACGAACGAAAACUGAUAUUAGCGGCCUAUUGCGUCUUUGGAAAGUAUACAUCUUCCAUUACUUACGGCGCCAUUGAAGUUUUGCAGUUCGUACAGGUCGUCGUUAACGGCAUUUCGCAGUGCGGGAACGAUGGGUUCUUCUUCCAUCUCACGAUGCACAUGUGUGGACAAUUCGCAAUUCUCAGGGUGAACUUCACUAAAUUGGGUUGCGAAGAAUUUCCCUGCCGCACUAAAUUCGACAUCUUAUUGAAGAGACAUUAUCACCUAAUAUAUUUGUCGCAUUAUUUAGAGAGGGCUUUUACCCUGGUCAUCUUAGCACAAAUUUUAAUGAGUGUCCUUGUGCUGUGUAUUGCAGGUUUUCUCUUAAUGCGUUCACUUGAGAUGAACGAUACUUUUACCGCCGCAAAACAUAGUGUCUUCGUUUUCGCACUGCUAUUGCAACUUUUUAUUUACUGCUUCGCUGGAGAGACAUUGGAAUUCCAAUCGAAAGGAUUGGCCUAUGCAAUUUAUAAAUCACCAUGGUACACUUUUGACAUACGCGCCAUGAAAAAUUUACCAUUAAUAAUUCUCCGAACAACUAAUCCUCAGCAGUUAACUGCAAGAAAAUUUGUAGCAAUGAAUUUAAUGACUUUUAAAGAAAUUCUGAAGGCUUCCGCCUCGUAUUUAUCAGUAUUAAGAGUAAUGAUUAAAGCGUGAGUGGAAAUUCUAUUAGCGAAGGAAAAGAAAAGUCAAGAGUCUAGUUAUAUCUUUUAUAAGUUACUUUAUGAAAUUCAUUAAUUACCAAUUAUUUAGUUUGUUCUUUUAUAGAUAAUUUCAACUAUGUUUCUUAAAAAAUUGUAAUUAAAUGACAAGCGUUUUUCUGUA